AUGACAACGACGUGUCCUCAUGUUGUCGUCAUUUCGUCUUCGUCUCAAAGUUCAAACCACUGGAAGUAUGAGGUGUUCCUUAGCUUAGGCGACGACACACGCACUACCUUCAUAGACCACAUUUCCAUUGCGUUAUGCGAUGCCGGAAUUAAUACGUUUGUGGACUACCAGCUCAGAAGGGAGGAAAAUAUACAGAGCGAACUUGACGGAGAAUUCGAAGGGUCGAGGAUCAAUCUCGUCAUCUUCUCAAAGAGGUAUGCAGAGUCCGGAUGUUACCUGAGCAAGCCGUCAAAGAUCAUGAGGUGUCGAGAAGACCAAGAGGUGAAAGUAGUAUAUCCAAUAUUCUACGACGUUCACUCUUCUCAAAAUAGAGUGGUAGUUUUGGAGAAGCAUUUCAGAAGCAUGAAAAGGAUGACAGUGAGGAAACGAGUCGUCAUUAAAGAUGGAGCAGUCAUGCAGGACGAGCAUGAGGACACGGUGUGA